CGAUUUUCGUUUAGUAAGAGAAUCAAACAUGGCCGCAAGAAGUGUUUGUCCUCACUGAUAUUGCUAUAGAAAAUAACUAACGUAACCCUAAAUAGUGGUAAAUUGUGUCAUUCUAACCUAAAACAGUGAAAUUUUAUGACAAGUGUUUGAAAACAAUUAAUAUUAAUCGUUUUAUGUUAUAUUUAUUGGUUUAAAAUUUCUCUUGGUUGCGUACAGCACAAAAUGGCGAUCGACUACUCUUGACUGGGAUUUUUUUGCGAAACUUUUAAUUUUAUUGAACUUUUAAUAAUAUUUUUGCUCUUUUAACGCUAUGGUAAUUUUGAUAAGGACCUUUUCUGCAUUUAUGAAAUAUUUGAAUGUUGAUUAUUUGUUGUGAAUAAGCAAAAAUCUUUGAUAUCCAGCUGGAAAAUGCCUGAGAUGGGAGACAUUUCUGACUCAGAAAAUUCUGGAUCUGGGUCAGACAAUGAAAGCAAAAGCGAUUCGUCAUCCAAUAACUCGGAGAGCGGAUCUGGGUCCUCUUCGUCAGAUGGAUCAGAAAGCGGUGGUGAGAAUGCUCAAAAUGGAUGCAUCAACGAUGUAUCAAAAAAUGAAGACAGUAGUCAGUUCACCAACUUUUCUAACAAUACCGAGCAAAGUUCUCCCGAGCAACAACAUGAUACAUCAAAAGAGUCGGACAAGAGCGCAGAAAGUUUGGAAAUCAGAAGAUCGGUCAGAUCGAGGAAAGAACCGGAACGACUACAGAGCAGAGACAGUGAUAAAAUAACCAGUGAAAAAACCAGUAGCAAUAAAAACGAAGAAUGGAAGUACAAUGAUGCCAGUUCCUCAGAAUCGGAAGAAGAAGAAAGAGAAAGACCGCCGCCUAGUAAGAGAGUUGGCGCUAGAUCCAGAGCCACAGCGGUGAAGAAAAAACCAGUGAAGAAAUCGAGGAAUAAAUACAGCUCGGAAGACGAAACCAGUGAAGAAGAAUCAGACGAUGAACGUAGAAGAAAAGCCGGUUCUCGUAGAAAAGCUACAACGUUUAGUUAUAAAGAAGAUAGCGAUGAGAAGACGGAUUCGGAAGAUUUGUUGGAAGUUGACACUACUGAAGUUGUUGAACCUGUACCUGAAGAAAAAUGCGAGACUAUCGAAAAGAUACUCGCUCAAAGAAGAGGAAAGAAAGGAGUUACUGGCAACAUAACUACAUGUUACUACAUUGAGGAACAUGGUGAUCCAAAUGAAGGAGUUGACGAGAAGGAUUUGGAGAACACUGAAGAUCAAUAUCUUAUCAAAUGGAAAGACUGGGCACACAUUCACAAUACCUGGGAAUCUGACGCAAGCCUCAGGGAACAGAAGGUGAAAGGCCUUAAAAAACUAGAGAAUUACAUAAAGAAAGAAGUCGAAAUUCAACAAUGGCUGAAAUACUCUUCACCGGAAGAUGUGGAAUAUUACGAGUGUCAGAUGGAAAUGUCCCAAGAUCUCCUGAAAAGCUAUAACGAUGUUGAAAGAAUAAUAGCUAAAUAUGACAAACCUGAAGAUGGGGUUGACUACUUCAUAAAAUGGACGAGUCUGCCAUAUUCUGAUUCCACGUGGGAAGAUUCUGGUCUCAUCCAAAAGAAGUGGCCUAACAAAAUUGUCGAGUUUCAAGAUCGAGAAAGGUCGACAAGGACACCCACCAGGCACUGUAAAGUACUUAAAUAUCGUCCCAAAUUCCACGAGGUCAAAACCCAACCAGAAUAUAUGACCGGAAGAGACAAUAACUUGAUAUUAAGGGACUACCAGAUACAUGGUUUGAACUGGAUGAUACACUCUUGGACUAAAGAGAACUCUGUUAUACUGGCUGACGAGAUGGGUCUUGGUAAAACAAUUCAGACCAUUUGCUUUCUGUACUACCUCUUCAACACACAUCAGCUUCACGGGCCUUUUCUGUGUGUUGUGCCACUCUCAACGAUGACGUCUUGGCAAAGGGAGUUCACCCAAUGGGCCCCAGAUUUGAACUUCGUCACCUACCUGGGAGACGUCCAAUCAAGAGAAACGAUCCGGCAGUACGAAUGGUGUUACGAAGGAUCAAAGAGACUGAAAUUCAAUGCUAUUCUUACGACAUAUGAAAUUGUUCUCAAAGAUAAAGCUUUUCUGGGAAGUCUGAGUUGGGCUGUGAUUUUGGUAGACGAAGCUCACAGGUUGAAAAAUGAUGAUUCCCUUCUGUACAAAGCUCUAAUGGAAUUCGAUACUAAUCACAAGUUGCUUAUUACUGGUACCCCACUGCAGAAUAGCCUUAAGGAAUUGUGGGCACUCCUGCAUUUCAUAAUGCCUGCCAAGUUUGAUAACUGGGAAGACUUCGAGAAAGAACAUGAGAACGCUUCCACUAAAGGAUACGGUAAACUUCAUAAACAACUGGAGCCGUUCAUUUUGAGAAGGGUGAAGAAAGACGUGGAGAAAUCUUUGCCUGCUAAGGUUGAGCAGAUUUUAAGGGUAGAAAUGACGUCUAUUCAGAAACAAUACUACAAGUGGAUUUUGACAAAGAAUUACAAUGCUUUACGUAAAGGUGUCAAGGGUUCAACGACUACCUUCUUGAACAUAGUGAUUGAAUUGAAGAAGUGUUGCAACCACGCCUUUUUAACGAAACCGACUGAAUAUGAGAAUCAGAACUCUCAGCAGGAUCAUUUGCAAAUGUUGUUGCGUGGAUCCGGAAAACUAGUGCUACUGGACAAAUUGUUGAUCAGGUUACGUGAAACUGGACAUAGAGUUCUAAUAUUCUCUCAGAUGGUUAGAAUGCUUGAUAUUCUUGCCGAAUACCUCCAGCUUCGCCAUUUUCCGUUCCAAAGGUUGGACGGGGGAAUUAAAGGCGAGUUGAGGAGGCAAGCUCUCGAUCAUUUCAAUGCUGAAGGAUCGCAGGACUUUUGUUUCCUCCUGUCUACCCGCGCUGGUGGUUUGGGUAUCAACUUAGCUACCGCAGAUACUGUGAUUAUUUUUGAUUCCGACUGGAAUCCUCAAAACGAUCUUCAAGCCCAGGCAAGGGCCCAUAGAAUUGGACAGAAACAUCAAGUUAAUAUAUACAGGUUGGUUACAGCCCGAUCUGUUGAAGAAGAAAUCGUUGAGCGUGCUAAACAGAAAAUGGUGUUGGAUCAUUUAGUCAUUCAACGAAUGGACACCACCGGGAGAACCGUUCUCGACAAGAAGGGCUCUUCCAAUAAUAAUCCGUUCAAUGCAGAAGAUCUUACCGCCAUUUUGAAGUUUGGGGCCGAAGAGUUAUUCAAAGAUGAGGAUGAGGAUGAAGAACCUAACUGUGAUAUUGAUGAAAUUCUAAGACGUGCUGAAACUCGAGAUGAAGCACCAACAUUGGUUGGUGAUGAACUUCUCUCGGCUUUCAAAGUAGCUAGUUUUGCUGCCUUUGAUGAGGACGCUGAGCCUUCUCCUGUAAAUAAUGUGUUAGGAGACGAAGAAAGUAAAGAUUGGGACGAAAUCAUUCCUGAAAAACUACGAAAGAAAGUGGAAGAAGAACUGAAAAAUAAAGAAAUGGAAGAUCUGUAUCUUCCCCCGAGAAGCCGGAAAACCCUGCAGCAAAUAAAUCAAUCUGAAAGUGAUGGAGAAGAGGGCAAGGGGAAAAGUAAGAAAAAGAAAGAUGGUGAUGAAUCAGGCGGGUCCAGCUUGGAAGGAGAGGAAUCUGAUGAGGAAAAACCUAAAAGGCGCGGUAGACAGUCUGGAGGGGCUAAAGAAAAAUUUAAGAAUUUCACUGAUGCUGAGGUGAGACGUUUCAUAAAAAGUUACAAAAGGUUCAGUGCUCCCCUGAAACGUUUGGAAGCAGUCGCUGUUGAUGCUGAACUUCAAGAAAAACCACUUGCAGAUCUGAGGAAACUUGGUGAACUACUCCACGAGAGAUGCAGAGCUUACAUGAAUGAACAAGCCAAAGAAAAUACAGAAUCUAACACGCAGGAUGAAACAAAAGGCCGCAAAAGGGCACGUGGCCCUUCAUUCAAACUAGGGGGUGUAUCUGUCAAUGCUAAAACCAUGAUGGCAUGCGAGGAGGAAUUGGAACCCCUCGAUGAAAUCAUCCCUUCGGACCCUGAAGAAAGAAUCCGUUGGACUUUUGAUGCCAAAACCAAGUCUUCACAUUUCGAUGUGGAAUGGGGAUCGGAAGAGGAUUCAAAACUUCUCAAGGGUAUAUACAUGUAUGGACUUGGGUCCUGGGAACAAAUCAAGAUGGACCCUUCACUAAAUAUUGGGGACAAAAUAUUGUUGAAUGAAGACAAAAAGCCACAGGCAAAACAUCUGCUCUCCAGAGCAGAGUACCUUCUUAGGAUAAUGAAGAAACAACUUGAUGCUAAGAAGGGAUUGGGUGUCCAAAAGCCAAAGAAAACUCGCAAAGUGAAGAGUAAGGAUUCGAAAGUUGUUCCAUUGACUAAAGAAAUAAUAGAAGAUGAUAUUAGCUCCAAUGACGAAUCUACAACACAAACCAGUGCUACUUCUGCUGCUACUACUACCACCGCAACUGGUAGUAGUACAGUCUCAACUCCUCCAGUGAAGAAAUCUAAGCAUGCGAAGAAAGACAAAGAGGAGAAAGAAGAUGAGGUCAGGGGUGCUGAUAAAAAGGAAAAGAAGAAGGAGAAGAAAAAAGGAAAAAAGACUUCGGGUCCCAUGCACUUUUCAACUAAUGAAACGAUUGCAUUGAAUGUCUUGGGAGAUUUAGAGCCUGCGA